UAGGAAUUUACUCAAAUUUACAAACUCCAAAUUGAACUCCGUCUGUGGCAAUAUAACGAGAGUCUACUGUAUCAUGAGCAAAUUGUCCUUCCACGAUUUUUCUUCAUAAGUAUCCAACUAAUCAAACUUGUUGAACUCGAUAUAAGUAAAAUUAAGGAAUCGAAACUUCGUUCCAACAAAUUAUCCAGAAAAUUAGUUUCCUUACUUCCAUCAAGCUCCACCGAGUUUUAUUCAACCGCGAACUCCUUUCUUUCAGCAGAUUCUUUUCACCAUUUUUACAAAAUGUUCGAAACAUUUAUUUCGCCAUUGUUUGCGCGGAAAGAAAAAGUUCAGCGAAGGACAUCCAUUCGGUCUUUUUUAAACUUAUCGUUCUUCGCUAGCUUCGCUCAACAUUUUCUGAAGAUUCUUUCUUCGAGGUGGCUGUGAUCUUGUUAAAUUUAACGUGAUUUCUGCGGAAGCACCUUCGAUGCUGGCUCACGUUCCAAUUUCCGCUUCGUGGUUCGGACACGUGUUAGAACCAACCACGAGUGGAAUAUGAUUAGCUCCAUGUCCACACUUGAUCGUGGAAAUAUUUUCCUCCGAACAUCGUGUUUUAAAGUUGCUUUUUCUCCGUUUGCGCGUUACGGAAAAGUGGUCGAUGUUCGGAGGAUCAAUAUUAAUACAAGAGCUAGAGCAACUCUGCGAUCGAUUCGGGUCGUAACGAAAAUUGCAUGCGUUUCGACCUUGAAUGCAAAAUGCGAUAAUUAUGGUCAGCUUUUCAAGUUGGUAAUUGUGAAGCGAUACUUCAAGGAACUACAACUUUUUUUCGAAGAAUUCCAGUUUGCUGUAUUUUCUCCCAAACUUUCCAGUGUUUAAUCUUCGACGAUGGCUCUUUUAAGAAAUAUCCUGCAGAAACUUGUUCUGCAAAACCUCGUAAUUUCCUUUCAGAAAUUUCAGAGCUCCCGCGAAGCGCUCCUUUCUUCGCCGAAUUGUUUUCUCGAUGUUAUUACUUUCCUCGUAACGCAAAUUCCACUCGUUUUACGAAAACGUAUAUCAUUUUUUCGGUCUUCCACCUUCGUUCGCAUUCCGUCUGAAACCGCGUCUCUACCGUAUCGAAUUUUUAUAAGCUUUUCUAUCGAAAUGGCAGAUGAAAAAUCUGUUCCAACAGCAAGUGCCUCCUUCCAGCUAUUUCUUCGUUCUCGUAUAUGGAACAGAUGUUUCCUGUCAGAAUUUUACGACUGCUCUGAUAAGAAGCAGUUUCUCCUCUUCGGAACGGUGAACGGUCAUUGAAGAUGGGGUGUAUUUUUAAAGAAAAAUAUCGAUCUUAAUCGUUCCGGAAUGGUGCGAUUCUUUGGUCAGCGACAAAAUAAACGCCUUUUAAACCGAUAUCUUUUAUGUACUCCCUAAUUCACUGGAUUAUUUGGUUAUACAUGAAGUAAUCACUGGUGCACCCCAUCAGUAUUCCUGCUGGGGGGUCAUCAAUGACCAAAUAUAUUUCUAAUAUUCUUUUCAAGCAUGAGUCUAUUUUCCCUGCGUCAAUCGCCGUGUUAAUAGUUUCAGUAUGUCUUGCCACACACGUCUGGAUCUACUACAACAGUUCCGACGUAAAUGCGAAAUAGAAUUAGACAGUCAAACAAACGAUGUCUGCAACCUCCACAAGUGAUUCUUUGAUUUUCGACGCUGUCUCUCUCGUUCGUCUUCCUCUUGUUCAGAAAGCAGCUGGUUCGUUUCUGGACCCUUCGUCGGACGCCUCGAGAUUCUGGUGGGUAGUUAGUCGACGAUGCUUACGUUUCCUUGUGCCCCCCUUUCUCUCUCUCUCAUUGGUUUGUCUGGAAAAAUAAGAAUAGCUCUCCUCUCCCUUUGAUCAGCGUUCCGCGACGAAAUCUCUCGUGUACGCCAGUUUCGAUCUCUCCACGGUGAAGACAACACGUGUUUUCGUUGAAUUUUUUGGGAAAAUUCUCUCACCACUUCUCUCAUUAUUAUUCGGAGACACAUAAUUAUACAACACCAAAAUCCAAAGACCAUUACUUUAUCAGUGAUCAGUUUGGACAAUAAGUUCAAUUCGUAGUAAAGUUACAACCCUGUUAAACGGAAUAAGAUGUGACAAACUGUGGAGAAGUUCGUUGUCUAGUCACCACCACAGGGUGUCGCUUUCAGUCCCCGAGCAGAGCAAGGCCCACAAGGCAGGUGUUAACACAACACGUUUCCAUUCACCACGACGUGGUGUCGUUGAACGCAUCGUCUUCACGUUCGUUUCCAUUACAAAUAAUCCUUGUUAAUUCUUGUUUGUUUAAUGGUACAAGAUUUGUGAAUCCACAUUAACGCUUGUGAACAGAGACUUCUAUAUUUCUACGCGAAGUAAUUUUCGGUACGUGAAAUGAUGGACAGUGUCAAAAUGAAGUGGAGGAAAUCGAAAAGCAUUAGUGAAUGAUAAGUGAAGACAGAGACAAACAUAAUUUUAUUAGUGAAAAAGUUGGAAAUGUAUCAAAUUUACGAUUGUUAAGCGUGUGUUCAAUGGAACAAAGUUGUUAUUUAGUGAAUAAACAAAGUAAAUAAAAGUAGAAGUAAUGAAAAGUCUGAAUUUUAAUGAUGAAGUGGUGCUGUAACUCAAGGGUCAGGUAAUUCGUGAGUUAAUUAGUGAAGAAAGUAAAGUGAUAAAAAACCGCGAAAAUGGUUUUCUUCGGGAGGAAAGAGAAACUGGAAGAUCGACGUCUGUUGGACAGCAUCGACGCGAUGAACGGUGCAAAACUGUUUCAGAUAGAAAAUGCCGCCUUCAUGCACGUACGCGACAACCUGGAGGAGUUGGGCAAGGUGGCCGACGAUACGGACCUGCUGUUCCUCAAGGGUCUGCUGGACAGUCCUGUUGUCACGUCUCUCGUCAAGGUCCAGGAGCGUCUGGAGGAUCCGCCGGUCCACGUGGAACCGGUAUGUUCAUCCGUUUGUGACAUCGUCGACGAGGUCUGCCACGUUCUUCGCUCCUCCAGGGACGAGAACGCUCGCGAGCUCGUGCGAUUGUUGAAGAGUUCGCACCUGAAGGCGCUUCUGGAGACGCACGACGCCGUUGUCGAACGAAAAGAGACGCCAUCGAAGCCUGAACCUCCCCCAACCACGAUGCCGACUAACGAGAGGACCGAGGCUGUCAGAAUGGUUGGCCUUAGACGCCAACCUGACGAACCUUUGGGUCUGACGGUGCAAGUCGACGAAUCUGGCAAUUUGAUAAUAGCCAGGAUUUUGGGUGGAAGCACAGCAGCGCGUCAAGGAUUGCUGAGAACAGGUGAGGUGAUCCUUGAAGUGAACGGGAAGGAAGUUCGCAAUCCAGAGGAGCUUCAGGAAGCCAUUCACGAGGCUAAGGAGAAUUUGACGCUGAAAUUGGCGCCUGGCAUAGCCAGCGAUGGCAAUCGACCUCUGAAAUCCACGUGUUACAUGAGAGCGUUAUUCGACUACGACCCCUCGGAAGACAGUCUGCUACCCUGCAGAGAGAUAGGCCUUCCGUUCCAGAAGGGCGACGUACUGCAAAUCGUGGACCAAGCCGACCCCAACUGGUGGCAGGCACGACGAGUAGAGGGCGAAGGACUCGGACCACCUGGUUUGAUUCCGUCCUUGGAACUCGAGGAACGCAGAAAAGCGUUCGUCCCCCCUGAAGCGGACUUCGUGCACAAGAUCAGCAUCUGCGGGACCAGAAUCUCGAAGAAGAAGAAGAGAAAGAUGUACCAGUCCAAAUCGAACGGCGAAUUCGACGGUGCUGAAUUACUCUUGUACGAAGAAGUAGCAAGGAUGCCACCGUUCAGGCGCAAAACCUUGGCCCUGGUUGGUCCUAGAGGCGUCGGUCGAAGGACCCUGAAGAACAGGCUGAUAAACAGCGACCCAGAGAAAUUUGGCACCAUUGUUCCAUACACUUCGAGACCACCUAGGGUACUCGAGGAGGACGGCAAAAGUUACUGGUUCACCGAUCGGGAAUCGAUGGAGACCGACAUCAGGGAGCAUCGAUAUCUCGAAUAUGGAGAACACGGUGGCCAUUUGUACGGGACGAAGCUCGAUUCCGUGCGGGAGUUGAUAAGAGCCGGGAAAAUGUGCGUGUUGGACUGCAGCCCGGCUGCUUUGAAGAUUCUCCACAACAGCACCGAAUUCAUGCCAUAUGUGAUCUUCAUCGCGGCACCGGGAAUGGAACAGUUGAAGUGUUUGUACGACCUGGGAAGGUCUACCGGCGCGAGCAGUCGAAACUUGACGUUUGACCGCCAGAGUUCCAUCAGGUACAGCUCCAGAAGAGCCAGAACGUUGGAGUCCCUUGCUUCUCUGUACGAGGAAGACGACUUGAAGUCUACACUGGAAGAGUCAGCGGCGCUGCAACGUGCUUAUGAGAAGUACAUCGACCUAGUGAUCGUGAACGAGGACUUCGACAACACGUUCAGACAAGUGAUCGCCGCGUUGGACUCUUUAGCCACCGAACACCAGUGGGUGCCAGUGAACUGGAUCUAUUGAACACGAUUCGUGGCAGGUCGAGUGGAGUUCAAAUGUCGCGAUGGGGACUCGAUGUUCUCGCGUUACUGCCUGGAGAACGCGAACGACGUCGACCUUCGUGGACGCGUCAUGAAAUGUGCUCGUCAGAAAUCGACCAUCGUCGGACGUGUCGUUAUCGCGUUUUAUUUAUAGCAUCGUAUCACCGUGCAAUAUACAGGGAACUUAUGCUCGUACUACGCGUAAUUAGUAUGUCGUCCUUCUCCCCAUUUGACAUACGGAUACAGACUCGUUAAGCUUCACGCACCUAGCGCGUGAGCAGCAGUACGUUCCGUACCGAGUCUAGGUUUGAUAAAUUUGGAAAUUGUGUUUGCUUUAUGUCAAAAAACACGCGACAACGAUGGUCGAUAAAGGAGACUGUCCGGUGAAACGGCCUCACGUUUCAGUGCGCCUUUUUUCUAGCAAGUACAAUCGUAGCAUUUACGUUAUAUUGUUUUAAGUUUACACUACGACCUGUUCUCCUUUAAAAUCUUCUAACGAAAGGAUUCUUUCGUUACAUUCCCUUCAACGGAUCAAGACCGAUAAUGGAGAAUGGGUCUCAUUAUUGUAAGCAUUAAACACCGCCGUCCAAUUAUUUUUUAUUAGGAUUAGCCUAAGUUUUUCAUUUUCUUCGUACCACCAGUCUGUAAUCACGCGUUUAUUUUAUCGUACUACUUAUCGUCGGAUGUAAUUUUCGUUCUUUUAUAGACAUAUUGUAUACUGCGUGCAUUCGAGUGUAACAUAGGUUUCUGUUGGUUACGAGAAAAUAUAGGGAGAGCCGCUUACAUUUUAAGGAGAACCAAGCCAGAAAAAGUACAGCAUAGAAAUUCUUGUCUUCUUAAGACAGAUAAGACGAUUAGUAGGAUAUUUCUAUACCUACAGUUUAUUUUAACCAAUGGAAGCCUAAAUUACACGUGACUGUACUUCCGUUUGUACCCCUCGUGCACGCUGAACGUAUUCCUGGCAUAGAGUGCCUUAAUAACGCAAGCUCCACCUCUUAAGUCGGCUUGCGGACGAAGACCUACUAUGUCGAGACGAGAUUUACUCUUAUGCUCGAGAGUUUUACGUAAGACAAGUAUUUUCUAAUGAUCUGAAAUCUGCGUGCACCCGGAAACCGCGUCUAACCGGAAGGACCCGAUAGUGUCACGCGAUACAAGAAAAAAUAAAGUUUAUCGAGCGUUU